UUGGAAGCAAGCGUAAUAGCUCGGGAAUCAUCGUGUCGUUUUCUCAAACUUCGAUUUGCUGCGAAAAUCUGCAUGGCCACGUCGAUCAACAAAGCCACCCCGAAAUCGGCGACGUCCUCGGAAAACAAAUUUCCGGCGCCUGCAACCUGAGUUCCGCGGCGGCGGAACUCGUCCAGGUCGACGUGAUAGGUACCGGCACUGGCGGUGACAACGAGGCGGAGCGACGGGAGGAGGCUAAGCAUGUCGACGGUGAGGGGGUAGCCCUCGUGACAGUGGACGGCGGCCACGGUGGCGCAGUGGUGGGGGUGGGUGACCGCAAACUGAAAAAGGGGAAGCGAAGAGUGGUUUAAAAGAUGGAACUUUUUGGGAAUAGAGUGGUUGAAGAACAAAGGAAUGUUUGAGGAGAUUAGGGUUUUGCAAUUGUUGGUCACUAGUUGUACACUGGUUUUAGUAUUCCAUUGAUGGUGGUUGUGAAGUGUUGUGAAGUGUUGUGAGGGAGGUUUUGGUCUUCCAUUAAUGGUGGUUGUGAAGUGUGGUGUGGGAGUGAGUGCAUGAUAAAGUUCUUGCCUUUUUUUUUACCUGUUUUAUGUGAUAUUGGCACCCCUUCGUGUCACUUUCAUGUGAUAACUCGAAAACAUCAACCAUUAGAAAGAGAACCUCCUAGAGAAUUACAAGAGGAGCUAGCUUGAGUUGAAAAAGAGAAAUGCGGUUGAAAGAAGAAAACGCUAAGAUGAAGAGGAAGCUUGACGAAGUAGGUCAGAACGGUUCCAAGCGUCCGCAUACUGCUCUCAGUGGAUGGAGGCAUCCAUUCACUGAUGAUAUCACCAAGGUGCUUCUGCCCAGUAAUUGGGAAUGGUUCCCUAUUGAUCGGUACGACGGUACCACGGAUCCUGAUGACCAUGUUUUCGUGUACGUUACUCAUGUAAGCCUGUACACUACGGAGGAUGCGAUUUUCUGUCGAGUCUUUCCAACUACCCUAAAAGAUGCAGCCCUUAGCUGGUUUAAAGAGCUCCCUCCCAUGUCAAUCGAUUGUUUUUCCACAUUGGUAGCUCGGUUUGGCACCCGGUUUGUGCUCAGUCGCCGACAUCAUUUGACCGCGUUUGCUCUGGUUAAUAUUCGGCAGGAGGAAGGAGAGGCGCUUAGGACCUUCAUUCAACGGUUCGAAAAGGUGGCGUUGAGGAUCAAGGAUCUUAGUCCUGAAGUAGCAUGGCUUCACAUGAUAAUGGGGUUAAGACCUGGUCCCUUUGCAGACAACUUAGCCAUGAAGCCGACGACCAGCCUCGACGAGCUGAGACAGAGGGCGGCGGAAUAUAUACAGUACGAGGAGCUUGAGGAGCUUAGGGAGCUUAGAGAAGAAAUGGGUGCUGAGAAUAGCCCAACUGACAAUAAAGCCUGUGACCGAUAUAGUCAUCACAAAUCUUCACUUCGGCCUGAGGAGGUAAGGCAACCUCGUUUCAAUCAAUACACGCAGUUGAACGUAGCAAGAUCGCGCGCCUUGGAAGAGGCUCUUAAUGCGGAUCUUAUACAACUGCCAAGGAAAAAAGCCACAUCGUGGAAUGCAGACAUGUCUCGGCAUUGUCGGUAUCAUGGAAAAUAUGGACAUGAAACGGAAGAGUGUACAUCGUUGAAGGACAAAAUAGAAGAACUUAUACAAGCAGGACACCUUAGACAGUUUGUCCAAAGAGGGGGGCGUGGUCGUGUGGAAUCAAGAGGUAGGAUUGAGAAUUUGUAUGACAAGAGGGAAGGUGUGAGAAUGGUUUCUGGUGAAAGGAGCAAUGUAAGCGGCAAUGUUCUUAAUGCUCCUUUCCUUGCAAUAUAUGAGUCUCUUAUACCUCCUGAAGAAGAAAAGCUGAAGCAAAAGCAAUUAGUGGCAUUAUUGGAGAGAUUGGUUAGGAAAGAAUGGCCAGCAGCUAAGCUCCAUCUCUAUGGAUCAUGUGCUAAUUCGUUUGGUGCUUCUAAAAGUGUCAUUGAUGUUUGCCUUGCUAUCGAGGAAGCAGACAUGGACAAAGCUAAGGUUAUAAUGAAAUUGGCGGAUAUUUUGCAAUCAGGUAAUCUGCAGAAUGUGCAGGCAUUGACAUGUGCACGGGUUCCCAUAGUAAAGCUCGUGGAUCCAGUGACAGGAAUCUCUUGUAACAUAUGCAUUAACAAACUUCUAGCUGUUGUGAAUACAAAGCUUCUUCGGGAUUAUGCGCACAUAGAUCCAAGGUUACGGCAGCUAGCCUUCAUUAUCAAACAUUGGGCUAAGUCAAGAAGAGUCAAUGAAACUUACCAUGGAACUCUGUCUAGCUAUGCGUAUGUUUUGAUGUGCAUUCAUUAUUUACAAAUGAGAAGACCUGCUAUCCUUCCCUGCUUGCAGGAGAUGGAGACAACGUAUUCUGUGACUGUGGAUGAUAUUAGUUGUGCUUUCUUUGAUGAAGUUGAAGACCUUGGUGAUUUUGGUCGCCACAACAAGGAAACAAUUGCUGAGCUUGUGCAGGGAUUUUUCCACUAUUGGGCAUAUUGUCAUGAUUAUGCAAAUUCUGUUAUAUCUGUGCGCACAGGAGGCAUAAUCAGCAAACGAGAGAAGGACUGGACUAGAGGGAUUGGCAAUGAUCGUCAUUUGAUAUGUAUAGAGGAUCCUUUUGAAACAUCUCAUGAUCUUGGGCGAGUGGUAGAUAAAUGUAGCAUCAAAGUUCUGAGGGAUGAGUUCGAACGUGCUGCUGAAAUUAUGCAGAAUGAUCCAAAUCCGUGUAUUAAACUUUUUAAGCCCUAUAUUCGCAGUUGAUCUUCUGUUUUGUUUUGUU